AUGUCCCGCGAAGCCUACCAAGUCCCCUCCCUCGGCGGCGGCAAUGCCUUCAGCAACGACAACGUGGGUGCAAGCUCCCUGGACGGACCGCUCGUUGCCUAUCUCUGCGGUGAAUGUAACGCUCGUGUGUCGCUGAAGCGAGGAGACCAAAUUCGAUGCAAGGAGUGUGGGCACCGUGUGCUGUACAAGGAGAGGACGAAGCGGAUGGUUCAGUUCGAGGCUCGGUAG